CCCCCCCCGAGUGUGAUGGCGAGUGCGGGCUUUGGGAUGAGACUGUCGCUGCAUCCUGAUGCAGUGCCAACUUUGUUCCCUGACACGGACAACUUCAAGGCAUUACAGCCGAAAGCCCUAAAGCCCGACGAGUUAGGAGCCCCAAACGGAAACGUGACACCUAUGGUGCUUUUGCCAAGAGAAAUCGCAAAACGGCUCGAAGGCGCACAAGGAAUUACUGUUGGUCAUCGGAAGCAAGCGCCUUCUCUCUGACAUUGGCAUGCUGUCACCAGCUGAACAGACCUCGAUGCUGGAGGCUCAACACAAGGUGGUCUGCCUAUUUUCGCCAAAAUUUGUCUGCUUUUCAUACGCAGCAAUGAAACAGAGAUUGCAUCUGGCAGCCCUGCAUUCCGUUUCUAAUGCGCACAGGAAACAUGCAGAGACGAAGAACGGUGAAAAGCGCUACAGGAUUUCGUAUCCAAAGUACAAGGCGGGACACCAUGUCGUGAAACCUGUUAAAGAGGCCUGCAAUUAUGAUUAUGUCACAGAGCUAAUGGUUGAAUUGCUGCAAUUAAAACAACAGUUCAAGAGCACCCGGAUUGCUAAGCAGGCAUCUUCUUCCAUUCUGUUCUCUCCACCACCAUAAGCAUCAUCUGCGAAGAAAAUUUUAAAGAAUGAAGCAGUGCAGUUGCACCGCUCUAGGUUUAAUUAAUCACAGUAAUUGGAAACAACUUGGCAUGCCAUUUGUCAUGUAUUUCUCCAGCUGGGUUUAGUGUACGUGCGUAAGGUGUCAUCCCAGAUUAGCCUGUGCCAUAUAUGUUUGUAAUUAAUUUAAAAAAAUCCUCGCGCUGGAAAGAUGGGGCAAAGCGUGCACAAAAUAUCUCGUCCCAUAUUAGCCUGUGUCCCUGAUAAGACUGUGCAGACUCGACGUGAAAACAUGAUAUGCUCCAAGUUUUAUAUGACAAUGUCUACGAAUGUUCCCUUUUGACAAAUUAGAACCUAGCUGAAGCACUGAUCACGUAUUGUUUCAAAUUAACAUAGCAACUACAAUGAUUUUUUUUGAAAAAUGUGAAUGUAUUAUUUUGACAAAUAUGCUGUAAUAAUACUUUUCCCAUUGUGUGCUAUACUGUUAGUAUACAAAUGUUAAUGUCAACACCUUUAUUUUUAAAUGUUGGGACCAUGUAGUGUUUUUUGUGUGUUAGUAUUGGUCUGUAAAAGAUGUUUUAAAAGUCAUUUUGUUAAAGGUACUUAAUUUGACUCCAUAACAAGUUGCAUUGCAACAUUGUGCUAGUAAAGCUCAUUUACUUAUUCCGUCCAGUUUUCUAAAACUUGUCGUCAGGUUACAAGUUGUUCUGUUGUUGU